GAAAGGUCAUAAAGAGGGCAGCACCUUAAUUUAGUUUAGUUUUGCUUAUACACUAUAGAGGGCCAGUUCCAUUGCGCAAUAGCAGCAUGCAAAGUUUUGGAAAGUUUUCUUGUUUCUUUGUUUUGUCUCAAAAAUAGUUAUUGUAAAUAGUCAACAUGUCAGAAUUUAAUUUCCAACAAUGGACAGUGGAUAAUAAGCUACACAAUGAUACUAUAGAUUCAUUGAUGAAGGAAGGUUUUGACACUUUAAAUGCCUUGUUAGCCAUGCAACUCAGUGACAUUGCUGCUCUAAAAUUAGGCAGAUUGGGACUUGAGAGGGCUUUAGAAUCCGCAAUUGGAUCGCUACACAAACCUGUCAUCAAGACUCAGGAUCAGGCAACACUUGGAUCAGAGAGUGAUAGCAAACCUGUCAAACUUAUUACAACAUCAGAACUCGCAAGAGACAAAAUGUUGGUUGACCUGGUGGACAAGUUAGCCAAGUCGGGUGACCUGUCAGCGGAUAUUUUGUCAACAGAUAAUGCAUCAGCUAAGACUCCAGUACCUACAGAGUCUACAGGCCAUAAUGGUAAGAAACCACUCCUUAUUCCAGACUUUGUGACUAAUGCCUAUCUCCCUCAGAACGAUCAAGAGGAGAUAUCAAUGGGAAAUAACUUGUUUUAUCGUCCAGGCAACAAAACAGUGAAACCUCGAUUGGACAAUGUUACGUUACCACAAUGGGUGGGCGCGAGUUGUAGGAUAUUACAACAACUCAUUAAGGACGGUGCUGAACUAACAGUCGUAAAGGAGUACGUAUCGCACAUGAUAAAUGUAGGUGACCACGCACAAACCAACACGGUGACAUCCACAUUACUAUAUGAUGACGCAUGCAGAAAGAAACAACAUGAAAAUAUGCUGACAUGGGGUGAAGAUGACAUACAUCUGAUGAACUUUUAUUUGGUGAAGAAGCCGACAACGCCUCGUGGCGCCCCCCCCCCCCAUCAACGUGGUGACCGUUCAUCUAAUGGGAACCCCACGCAAAAUACGCAAUCUCAGGUUAAGAACGCAAAUAUCCCGAUAUGCCGUCAAUGGAAUAGUGCACGAGGCUGCAGUUAUGGCAGUUCGUGUAAAUUCACACAUGGGAAAUGUGCAGAAAAUAAUUGUGGAGAAGCCCACCCACAAUAUCUCCAUGCAUCACUCGCCAAAUAG